UAAUUGCACAACUCCCAGAAAAAGAUCGUUUUGACAGAGUUCGCGAGACUCAGGCAACUGGCCCGGUAUACCUGUCUAUCUUUCUCUCCCUUUCUCCUUUUUUUCUCUUUCAUUUCUUCUUUCAACAGUCGAUGUACCACCAUCUCAAUUCUUCUGCAAUUGAACCCUCGAUUUAACUAUCAAUUACCCUUCAAUCUUCAUCUUUAUCGUGCAAUUCAACUCUUUCUGACUCUUUCUCUUCAAAUCUUCAUCCCUAAUUUCGCAUUUCUAUUCCUAAAUCAUCAUCGCACUAAUCGAUUUCACUUAUUAUUGUUUGAUCAUUGAGCGAAGACCAUUUUUGUCUUCGCUAGAAUUUGAGUAUUGAAGUUGUGAAAUUAAUGAUUGAAUUGUAGAGUUCAGAUUGAAGAAUAGCGUAAUCCUGGAGAAGAUUCAAGAGGUGAUUAAUCAGAAGAAGAACUGGGGGCGAAUCAGUCUCGACAAAGACCGGCAAAUGCCGGUUUAGGGUUUUGGUUUCUUCGCUCCAAUGUUCCCAAAUCUCACACUUUAGAAUACCUUCCACAAAUGGAUUUCGUCACUCGACAUUCCCCCAUUUCCUCCUCCUCUGCACCUACAACUGCUUCAUCUGAUCAACAACAUCACCGCCCCGAAACUGCUUCCUCACCCUCGUCUAAUGUGCCGCAUGUUGCUGAGGAGCCGGAGUAUCUGGCUCGGUACUUAGUUGUUAAACAUUCGUGGCGAGGACGAUACAAGAGGAUUUUGUGCUUGUCUAAUGUCGCUAUUAUUACGCUUGAUCCUUCCACUUUGUCCGUAACAAAUUCAUAUGAUGUUGGGAAUGAUUUUGAUGUGGCGUCCCCCAUUUUGGGACGGGAUGAGAACUCUUUUGAGUUUAAUUUGAAUGUUAGGACUGAUGGGAAAGGGAAGUUUAAGUCUAUAAAGUUUUCGUCGAGGUAUAGGGCCAGCAUUUUGACAGAGUUGCAUAGGAUUAAGGGUAUUGCGGUUGGUGCGGUGGCUGAGUAUCCCGUGCUUCAUCUUCGGAGGCGAAAUUCUGAUUGGGUUCCUUACAAAAUAAGGAUUACAUCAAUUGGAGUUGAACUUGUGGACUUAAAGUCUGGUGACCUUCGCUGGUGCUUAGAUUUCAGAGAUAUGAGUUCCCCUGCUAUUGUCCUUCUAGCUGAUACUUAUGGAAGAAAAGGUGUUGAUAAUGGGGGUUUUGUUCUUUGCCCGCUAUAUGGAAGAAAGUCAAAAGCCUUUCAAGCUGCUUCCGGCUCCUCAACCAAUGUGAUACUAUCGAACAUGACAAAAACUGCGAAAAAUAUGGUGGGGGUUUCACUUUCGGUGGAUAGUUCACAGUCACUAUCUGCUGUUGAGUAUAUCAAGCAAAGAGCUAAAGAGGCUGUUGGAGCUGAUGAAACCCCUUGUGGGGGUUGGUUAGUGACAAGACUCAGAACUGCUGCUCAUGGAACUGUGAAUCUUCCUAGUUUGAGUUUGGCGAUUGGGCCAAGAGGAGGGCUUGGGGAUCAUGGUGAUACUGUUUCGCGUCAGCUGAUUCUUACAAAAGUCUCACUGGUUGAGAGGCGGCCAGCGAAUUAUGAGGCUGUCAUUGUCCGUCCAUUAUCUUCUGUCAGUGCUCUUGUUCGAUUUGCUGAGGAGCCACAGAUGUUUGCCAUUGAAUUUAAUGAUGGUUGUCCUAUUCAUGUUUACUCAAGCACUUCUCGCGAUAGCUUGCUUGCUGCAGUUCGUGAUCUGUUGCAGUCUGAAGUGCAGUGCGCAAUACCUGUUCUACCACGAUUGACAAUGCCAGGUCAUCGGAUUGACCCGCCGUGUGGGAGAGUUCAUUUAUUGAGGUUGUUACAUCCUCCUGGUCAUGUUAAUGCUCUUGCUGAUAAUGAAAGUGCAUCAAUGCAUUUGAAACACCUUGCUGCUGCUGCCAAAGAUGCUGUUUCUGAAGGUGGUUCGAUUCCUGGCUCAAGAGCUAAACUAUGGCGCCGAAUCAGGGAAUUUAAUGCAUGUAUUCCAUAUAGUGGAGUGCCUCCAAACAUUGAUGUGCCAGAGGUGACAUUGAUGGCCCUAAUAACAAUGCUGCCUGCCACGCCAAAUUUUCCACCAGAGUCCCCACCCUUACCCCCACCUUCUCCCAAAGCAGCAGCAACAAUUACUGGAUUUAUAUCAUGUUUACGUAGAUUGCUAGCCUCCAAAAGUGCUGCUUCUCAUGUAAUUUCUUUUCCUGCUGCUGUUGGUAGAAUAAUGGGUCUGCUUAGAAAUGGAUCUGAAGGUGUAGCUGCUGAAGCUGCAACCCUUGUUGCUGUGUUGAUUGGUGGUGGUCCUGGUGACUCAAAUGUGUUCACUGACACAAAAGGGGAAAGGCAUGCAACGUUUAUGCAUACAAAGUCCGUCUUAUUUGCCCAUCACAACUAUGUAAUCAUCCUUGUGAAUAGAUUGAAACCUAUAUCUGUUUCACCUCUACUUUCUAUGGCAGUAGUAGAGGUUUUGGAAGCUAUGAUAUGUGAACCUCAUGGAGAAACUACACAGUACACAGUUUUUGUGGAACUACUACGGCAAGUUGCUGGCUUGCGGCGUCGCCUUUUUGCCUUAUUUGCCCAUCCGGCUGAGAGUGUGAGAGAGACUGUUGCAGUAAUCAUGCGCACUAUAGCAGAGGAAGAUGCCAUUGCUGCAGAGUCCAUGCGUGAUGCAGCUUUACGUGAUGGUGCUCUCUUAAGGCAUUUAUUGCAUGCCUUUUUUCUUCCUGCUGGUGAGCGGCGGGAAGUUAGUCGACAGCUUGUGGCUCUCUGGGCUGAUUCAUAUCAACCAGCCCUUGAUUUAUUGUCAAGAAUUCUUCCACCCGGGCUUGUUGCCUAUUUACACACACGGUGUGAUGAAGUUGAAGACUCUCAUAAUCUUGAUGACCCGUUAAACACAUCCAUUAGUAGGAGACAGAGACGAUUACUUCAACAAAGGAAGCGCAGGAUUGGGAAAUCCACGGUAACUGAGGAGCAUAAUUUGUCAUCUGCAAAUGCAAAUGAUAUUGGUGAUUCAGCAAAUCAGACAGGUGCUUAUAGGGGCCCUGAUCAGAGAUCUUCACCAGAGGUGCAUGUGGUAGUGCACACUUCUACUGUACAUGCCGGAGAGAGCUUGACUGCUGAUCUUGCUACUCAACACGAUCAAUUAGGGGAUCCUGUUCCAUCUGAUGGCCUAUUAGCUAGUAAUGAGCCUUUAGAUACAGUUGCUUUGAAUCCUGAUGUUUCUGAUGUGAAUAUGGGAAGCCUUCAGAACUCCGGGGUUCCUGCUCCUGCUCAGGUUGUUGUGGAGCACACACCUGUAGGAUCUGGGAGAUUGUUGCUUAACUGGCCCGAGUUUUGGCGAGAAUUCAGCCUUGAUCAUAAUCGUGCAGAUCUUAUAUGGAAUGAACGCACUCGACAAGAGCUUAGGGAGGCUUUGCAGGCAGAGGUUCAUAAUCUGGAUGUGGAGAAAGAGCGGACCGAAGAUAUUGUUCCUAGAGGUUCAGCUGCAGAGAAUGUGGCUGGCACAAAUAAUUUGCCCCAGAUAUCGUGGAACUACUCUGAGUUUUCUGUUCGUUAUCCUAGCUUGUCUAAAGAAGUUUGUGUGGGUCAAUACUAUCUUCGUUUGCUGCUUGAGAGUGGCUACAGUGGCCGAGCACUAGAUUUUCCACUUCGUGACCCUGUAGCUUUUUUUAGAGCACUGUACCAUAGGUUUCUAUGUGAUGCUGAUAUAGGGCUUACAGUGGAUGGUGCUAUCCCAGAUGAACUAGGAAAAUCUGAUGAUUGGUGUGACAUGGGACGUCUAGAUGGUUUUGGUGGUGGGGGUGGAUUCUCUGUAAGAGAGUUGUGUGCACGGGCUAUGGCGAUUGUCUAUGAACAACACUUCCUCACUAUUGGACCUUUUGAGGGCACUGCUCAUGUAACUGUGCUCUUAGAUAGGACUGAUGAUCGAGCCUUGAGGCACCGUUUGCUUCUUUUACUAAAGGUGUUGAUGAAAGCUUUGUCAAACAUUGAGGCUUGUGUCUUGGUUGGGGGAUGCGUGUUAGCUGUAGAUUUGUUGACCGUGGUUCAUGAAGCUUCUGAGAGAACUUCCAUUCCUUUGCAAUCCAACCUUAUUGCUGCAACGGCUUUCAUGGAGCCCUUGAAGGAAUGGGUUCUGAUUGACAAGGAUGGUUCCCAAGUUGGGCCAAUGGAGAAGGAUGCUAUCAGAAGAUUGUGGUCAAAGAAAGCAAUUGAUUGGACAACAAGAUGUCGAGCAUCAGGAAUGGCAGAUUGGAAAAAGCUACGCGAUAUACGUGAGCUUCGAUGGACGUUGUCUGUUCGGGUUCCGGUUCUCACCCCUACACAGGUUGGGGAGGCUGCAUUGUGCAUUUUGCAUAGCAUGGUUUCUGCGAGGUCUGAUCUUGAUGAUGCUGGUGAGAUAGUCACCCCAACGCCUAGAGUGAAGCGUAUCUUAUCGAGCCCACGCUGUCUUCCACAUAUUUCUCAGGCUAUGCUUUCUGGAGAACCAAGUAUUGUGGAGGCAGCAGCUGCCUUGCUGAAGGCAAUUGUUACGAGAAAUCCUAAAGCAAUGAUACGGCUGUAUAGCACAGGGGCUUUCUAUUUUGCCUUAGCAUACCCUGGGUCCAAUCUUCAUUCAAUUGCACAACUGUUCCAUGUGACACAUGUUCAUCAGGCAUUUCAUGGUGGGGAAGAGGCAGCUGUGUCUUCUUCGUUACCAUUGGCAAAACGUAGUGUCUUGGGUGGUCUUCUCCCUGAAUCUUUGCUGUAUGUGCUGGAGCGCUCUGGACCAGCUGCUUUUGCUGCAGCUAUGGUCUCUGAUUCUGACACUCCUGAGAUUAUUUGGACUCACAAAAUGAGGGCUGAGAAUCUUAUUUGUCAGGUUUUGCAGCAUAUUGGUGACUUUCCUCAGAAGUUGUCCCAACAUUGUCAUGCACUCUAUGACUAUGCUCCUAUGCCACCUGUUACUUAUCCCGAACUUAGGGAUGAAAUGUGGUGCCACCGUUAUUAUCUGAGGAACCUGUGUGAUGAGAUACGGUUUCCAAACUGGCCUAUUGUUGAACAUGUUGAGUUUUUGCAGUCAUUAUUGGCAAUGUGGCGUGAGGAAUUGACACGUAAACCCAUGGAUCUUUCUGAAGAAGAAGCUUGCAAGAUAUUGGAAAUAAGUUUUGAGGAGUUAUCAGCUGAAAAUUCUCUUAAAGCUCACUUUUCUGAAAUUUCUGAGGAGAAUGUUAAUUUGUCCAAGCAAAUUGAGAAUACUGAUGAAGAAAAAUUGAAACGACAGUAUAAGAAAUUGGCAAUCAGAUACCAUCCUGAUAAAAAUCCUGAAGGGAGGGAGAAAUUUCUUGCUGUCCAGAAAGCUUAUGAGCGUCUGCAGGCUUCUAUUCAAGGUUUGCAAGGUCCCCAGUCGUGGAGGGUGUUGCUCUUGUUGAAGGGACAGUGUAUUUUAUACAGGAGAUAUGGAAGUGUUUUGGAGCCCUUUAAGUAUGCUGGUUACCCUAUGCUGCUGAGUGCAAUCACCGUCGACAAGGAUGAUAACAAUUUUCUGUCUUCUGAUAGGGCAUUACUUCUCGUUGCAGCCUCAGAGUUGACCUGGCUCACAUGUGCAUCUUCCUCACUGAAUGGGGAAGAGCUUGUGAGGGAUGGUGGCAUACAGCUUCUUGCGACUAUACUCUCUCGUUGCAUGUGUGUUGUGCAGCCUACUACUCCAGCAAGCGAACCUUCUGCUAUUAUUGUCACAAAUGUGAUGCGGACAUUUGCUGUAUUGAGUCAAUUUGAGGCUGCUAGGGUUGAGAUUCUUCGAUUACCUUGCCUAAUUGAGGACAUUGUACAUUGCACUGAGCUUGAGCUGACUCCCGGAGCUGUUGAUGCUUCUCUCCAGACAAUUUCUCAUCUUGCUGUGUCCUCUGAGCUUCAAGAUGCAUUAAUUAAGGCCGGGGUACUAUGGUACCUUUUGCCAUUAUUACUUCAGUAUGAUUCCACAGCAGAGGAGUCUGAAGUAAAUGAGGCACAUGGUGUUGGAGCUAGUGUUCAAAUUGCUAAAAAUUUACAUGCUGCUCGAGCCUUUGAGGCCCUAUCGAGGCUAAGUGGGCUGUGUACAGAUGGGAUCCCAGCACCAUAUAACAAAGCGACAGUUGUUGCCCUUCAAGCUCUGCUAACACCUAAGCUGGCUAGUAUGUUGAAGGAACAAACGCCAAAGGAACUUUUGUCAAAAUUAAACUCCAAUUUGGAGUCUCCAGAGAUUAUAUGGAAUUCUUCUACACGAUGUGAACUGUUGAAGUUUGUUGAGGAGCAGCGAACAUCACAAGGCCCUCAUGGUUUUUAUGAUCUUAAAGAAUCACAUGAAUUCACCUAUGAUUCUCUGUCAAAAGAGCUCUGUGUUGGAAAUGUCUACUUGAGAGUCUAUAAUGACCAACCAGAUUUUGAGAUUAGUGAACCAGAAGCUUUCUGUAUUGCCCUAGUUGAUUUUAUUUAUUCCUUAGUACAUGGGCAGAGCACCACCACAUCUUUGCUUCACAGUAACAAAGCUUUAAGUACCUCUAGAAAUGAAACAUCUGAAUCAAGAAUUGAGACCGAAGAUCACUCACAUGGUCUGCAGACUGGUGAAAAUAGUUGUUUAGGUUUCUCAGAUGAGAAGGUUGCAAAAGAAGAUGAUUCAGUUCUGCUCAAGAAUCUUCGUUCUGCUUUAAGUUCGCUUAAGAACCUGCUGACCAGUAGUCCAAAUCUGGCUUCUGUCUUUUCUACCAAGGAGAGGCUUUUGCCUAUAUUUGAAUGCUUUUCGGUUCCUGAUGCAUCAAAUACUGGAAUUUCUCAACUGUGUUUGAAUGUGCUUUCUCUCUUGACGGCCUAUGCACCCUGUUUAGAGGCUAUGGUCGCUGAUGGAUCUAGUUUACUUCUUCUACUGCAAAUGCUCCACUCUUCUCCCAAUUGUCGUGAAGGGGCUCUUCAUGUUCUUUCUGCCUUAGCAAGCACAUCAGAACUUGCAUGGGCAGCUGCAAAGCAUGGGGGAGUGGUCUACAUUCUUGAACUUCUGCUGCCUUUGCAAGAAGAAAUACCCUUGCCACAGAGAGCUGCAGCCGCUUCAUUGUUGGGAAGGCUUGUUGGCCAGCCAAUGCAUGGACCUCGUGUUGCUAUAACAUUGGCACGAUUCUUUCCAGAUGGUUUAGUAUCAGUAAUCAGAGAUGGUCCAGGUGAAGUUGUGGUUUCUGCCCUUGAUCAAACGACUGAGACACCAGAACUUGUUUGGACACCAGCUAUGGCUGCUUCGUUAUCUGCGCAAAUUGCUACUAUGGCCUCAGAUUUGUACAAGGAACAGAUGAAAGGUCCCGUAAUUGACUGGGAUGUACCUGAACAAGCAUCUAGCCAGAAGGAAAUGAGAGAUGAGCCACAGGUUGGCGGGAUUUAUGUUAGACUAUUCUUGAAGGAUCCCAAGUUCCCUCUAAGAAAUCCAAAGAGAUUCUUAGAAGGACUGCUUGACCAAUAUGUUUCCUCUGUUGCCGCUACACAUUAUGACACACAAGCUUCUGAUCCCGAACUACCACUGCUUCUCUCUGCUGCACUUGUAUCACUGUUGCGAGUGCACCCUGCCCUUGCAGAUCAUGUAGGAUAUCUUGGAUAUGUGCCAAAACUUGUUGCUGCGAUGGCUUAUGAAGGAAGGAGAGAGACAAUGGCUUCAAGAGAUGUUGAUCAUGUAAGCCAUGAUGCAAAUGGUAGUUAUGAUACUGAAGAUGCUAUGUCACAGCCCAGCAAACAAACUCCUAGAGAACGUAUUCGCCUUAGCUGUUUACGUGUGUUACAUCAGCUUGCAGCUAGUACAACAUGUGCCGAAGCUAUGGCUGCGACGAGUGCUGGAACUCCUCAGGUGGUCCCACUUUUGAUGAAAGCUAUCGGGUGGCAUGGUGGAAGCAUUUUGGCUCUUGAGACUCUUAAACGUGUUGUGGUUGCCGGUAAUCGUGCCCGGGAUGCACUCGUGGCACAGGGGCUUAAGGUUGGGCUUGUCGAUGUUCUUCUCGGUCUUCUUGACUGGCGGGCUGGAGGAAGAAAUGGGCUUUGCUCACAGAUGAAGUGGAACGAAUCUGAAGCAUCGAUUGGCCGUGUGCUUGCUGUUGAGGUAUUGCAUGCAUUUGCGACCGAAGGAGCCCAUUGCAGUAGUGUGCGUGAGAUAUUGGAUGCCUCUGACGUAUGGAGUGCAUACAAGGAUCAAAGACAUGACCUGUUUCUUCCGUCAAAUGCCCAAUCUGCUGCUGCUGGUGUGGCUGGUCUAAUUGAAAGUGAUUCUUCAAGAUUGAAAUAUGCCCUAACAGCACCUCCGUCACAACCUUCCAUAGAAAGAUCAUCUACAUCAAACGAAGUGCAGGACCUGUACCGAUAAGGGCAUAGAAGAAUUCUGUUUUUGCAGAAUCUCAAAUUUUUCUGUAUAGGUUGUACAGUUUCUCUUUUUUGCUUUUCCUUUUACCUCUUUUUUUUUAUUGUGAUCGCGAUCUUGUUCGGAUUUGAGUGCAUAUUCAAGCUGAAAGUAGAAGUUUUGUAUAGGUACUAAAGCCUUUGAUUACUGUAAAUUGCAACUUCGUUGAGUUUUGAUUCCGAUAAAAAGUAAAGUAGUAAUGCCAUUGAGUGGAUUCCGUCUUAA